GAAUUGAGUCAGUUGUCAACAGGCUAAGCAAGACGGUGAACAGUUGGGCAGCUGAUGACAUUUGCACGAAUUGUGGUACGGAACAAUUUUGGAUUCGGUCACGUUUUGUUUGACAUUUGAAUCAACUUGGUCACCCGCGAAGUCGCCUGAAUAUCAUGAACAUUUGAAACUUGACUCUGCGCUGGGCAGAUGUACGUCCCCUGCUGGAUUGAAUGGCACUGAGAAUACAAGAUUAAGUGGGAGUACUGCGAUGACUAGCCGGCACCCUAGCCAUGCAGAAAGCACUUACUCCACAAACAAACAACCACCCGCUUUGGCCUCUAAGCUCCAUGUCCAUCGAUCUGACUCAAAUGAGACCCUUACAAUCCACUUCUCAGCUCUUGGGAAGGAGGAAGAGGAGGAGGAGGAAGAGCUGUAUACAACAUCGGCCUCUUCCACAUCUACCACUCAGGAUGAAUUAAAUAUUGUGACAGGAGUUGAGGCUAGUGAGGAGAUGUUUGAAGCACAGCAAUCAGAGCCUUUAGUUGAUGUGGCUCCCACAUCCCACUCUAUCAGACCUUCACCACUUUCCACUUCUCACACAACUUCAUUGACGAAUCUCGCUGAGCAAAAAGGCACAAGUUCGAAUUCGUCGCCCACUAAAUCUUUGAGCUUUCCCUCAGCUGAUAAGUCUUUACUAAGUUUAGUGAAAUCUUUUUCCUCUGACAUUGAGUCUAAAGAUGGAGUUUCUUCUAUUCCAGCCUCCUCAACAAGGCACAGGCAUCUCAUGAAAUCUCUGGUUAAAUCUUUAUCAUCGGACACAUCUCAGGACUCGUCAACCUAUCGCCUUUCAGAGUCCCGCCUUAAUCUGCAACUCUUCAAACAAUUCACUCAGUCCAGGAUGCAGAAUGCCACGACAUCAGCAGCUAGUGAUUCAAAAACAGUCCCUUCUUCACCACUAGUUUCACCAGACAAUCGCAGCUUCUUUAAAGUUUCAGAGGUUGAAGCACGAAUUGAAGACACUAAGCGUCGUUUCUCCGAGGCCAUUUAUGAACCACUUCAACUUCUGAGCAAGAUGAUGGAUGAGAAGACCAGCAGCAGCGUUAGUCGACCUAAGGCUCUACCUGCCAGUGCAUCCGGACUCUGCAACCUGAAUUCUGUCAAUGACCAACUUGAGAGCAACAAUAAUGACUGCAUCAAAGAGGAAGAAGGCAGUGUAUUGGAGGGGGAAAUUCCAAACAGUGGAACCUCUGAUCCAGCCUCUGUUGCACCUUUUGAAGUUAAGAGCCCUAACAAAUCAUCCUCAUUCCCGAUAUCUUUGGACAAGUGUUCCAUGUCUGCUCUUGCGAAACAAGAGGAUGAAGACUUUUGUAUUUUGUACAGCGAGGACUUUGAAUCUUGUACUACUGACACUGAUGCUGAUGUUGGUACUGGAACUGGUAGGCAGCCUCAAGAGCCAUUAAGCGGUACUACUGAACCUUGCAGCGAGAAUGAAUCUGAAGAUACUGAGCCCUCCCCUAGUGUUCCUCACUAUACCCUUUUCAUCCUUACUCUUCUGGUCUAUGGGUGUUUUACAUUGCCUUUGCCAGACCAUGUCAGAGGGAUGCUGCUUGGAGUGGCUUUAGGAUUCUUUGUAGCCUUAGGAGUUGUGUGGCUGACUGGACCAAAACUUGAGAGACCGUUCAGAUAUUCUGCAAAAUAUGGGAAAUCUUGGAAUCUUACACAAUUAGAUAUUAAAGAACCAGAAAUCUUCAAGGGCUGGAUGAAUGAAAUUACAAACUACGACCCAGAAACCUACCAUGCCACAUUAACACACUCUGUGUUUGUCCGCUUGGAGGGCUCCAUCAUCCGUCUGUCCAAACCAAACCACAAUAUUGCUCGACGUGCCAUACACAAUGAACCAAAACCAGAUGUGACCUACAUCAGUCAGAAGAUCUAUGAUCUAACAAACAGCAAAGUCCAUCUCGUGCCUGAGAGCCUAGCCAGGAAACGCAUAUGGAACAAAAAAUAUCCCAUCUGCAUUGAACUUGGCAAACAGGAUGAUUUCAUAUCUAAAGUGGAAGGUGACCCCAGUGAGAACAGAGAAGGGACAGGAGGAACGCAAGAGCCGACCCGGCCAAUGUCUUCCAGUCGAGAUCUGACUCUGUAUCUGUUUGGAAGGACUGGGAGGGAGAAGGAGGAGUGGUUCCAGAGAUUUAUGUCAGCUUCUAUGCUUAAGGUGGAUUUGAAGAAAGUUGCAAGUCCUGCAAGCUCCAAAAGUGCUCUGAGCUCUCACAGUCGUAGUAGUAGUCGCAGCAGUAUGGAUGAUGUCUUGGCAUCACAGCCCAAGACAAAAGAUUCCCCAACAGUAGGCAGUGCCAAAACCCACUUGUUGGACUACAAUGUCUACAUGGCUUCAUUAUUGACAAAACCAGUUGCACUCGGAUCCUCAACUCCCAGCGCUGAACUCAUCUGUCCCCAGAGCAGCCCUGGAGCUGAAAAGAAGCUUCAAAGCCCCACCGCAACGCAGGAACAGCUCAAGGAGGAGGCGGAGGAUCCCGUUGCCUGGGUGAAUGCAGCUGUUGGUCGACUCUUCUGGGAUUUUUUGCGGGAGCCUUACUGGGCUGAAGUUGUCUCCAAGAAGAUUCAAAUGAAACUCAGCAAGAUACGGUUGCCAUACUUCAUGAAUGAGCUAACCCUGACAGAACUAGACAUGGGUGUGGCUACACCGAGGAUCCUUGGAGCAUCCAAUCCUUUAAUUGACUACAAAGGUCUGUGGUUUGACUUGGACAUUUCCUACAGUGGGUCCUUCCUGAUGACCCUUGAGACUAAGAUGAACCUGAUUCGCCUGGGCAAGGAAGGAGAAAGCCUCCGUUUCGGGGAAGAUGGGUCCAGACCCCGAACAUACUGCCUGGCUGACAGUGACGAAGAGUCUUCCAGUGCAGGCUCGUCAGAUGAAGAAGAUGCCACUGAGCAAUCAAAUGAAGUUCCUGGAGCGGAAGGCUAUACUUUUGUUGGAGGCCACAAACCCAGCAAAAUCAUGCGCUUUGUUGACAAGAUCACAAAGUCCAAAUACUUCCAGAAAGCCACGGAGACAGAGUUCAUCAAAAAGAAGAUGGAAGAGGUAUCCAACACGCCUCUCCUCUUAACAGUGGAGUUGCAGAAACUCCAAGGAACUCUUGCUGUCAACAUACCUCCCCCGCCCAGUGACAGGAUUUGGUAUGGCUUUAGAAAGCCACCCCACUUGGAACUGAAGGCACGACCAAAACUGGGAGAAAGAGAAGUCACUCUGGCUCAUGUUACUGAUUGGAUUGAGAAAAAACUGGAACAGGAGCUGCAGAAAAUUUUUGUAAUGCCAAACAUGGAUGAUGUGUGGCUGACUAUCAUGCACUCAGCUAUGGACCAACGAACUGCUGCUGGCCCUUCGGCUUGGUCUGCAGUGGACCAAGAGCCGUCUCACCCGGAGAGGGACAGCACCAGCUAGCUGCAAAAAAAUGCCUGUUUACAAUCCAGUAUUCCCCCCAC